UCGUUUGCUUGUUUAUGUAAAAAGAGGGAAACUUGCUCUUAGUUAUUAUUGUUGUCAAAAUUGUAAAAUUUUAUUGUAAUUUUCCCUAUAAAAUCAUCAAUAAUCCACUUUAAUGGGAGGCGGAGAUUUGAAUUUAAAGAAAUCAUGGCAUCCACAUACUAUGAAGAACCAGGAACGCGUCUGGAAAGCGGAACAGGCCAAGCAGGAAGAGCAACGAAAACUGGAUGAUCUACGUAAGGAAAUAAACCAGGAGCGCGAUCGGGAGGAGCUUAGACGAAUGGGUGAGAGCACGGGUGUGUUAGGCAACAGAGGUGCAACCGGGGAGGCCAAACUGGAAUGGAUGUACAAAAACAGCCAUGAGUUGAUCAAUAGAGAGGAGUAUCUAUUGGGUCGCAAGAUAGACAAAUCCUUUGAGAUUCUUGAAGCUGAAGAACGUCGUCAUGAAGAGAAUACUUUGGGAGUGAAGCAACCAAUUAAUCAUGUAGAGCACGAGUGUGUUCCAUUCUCCAUAAGACACUAUCGCAAUUUAGAAUCCACCGAGCAGGUUGACAUGCAUCGAAAGACUCUGGAAGAUCCAUUGAUGUUGAUUAAACAACGAGAAAUGGAAUCUCGUCGGAAAUUGCUUGAAAAUCCACUGAAGCUAAAAGAGAUCCAUCGCAUUCUCAAAGCUGAACAGGACUCAAAAACCAAAGCGUUAAAAAAGAGUAAAAAGUCGAAGAAAAGCAAGGAUAGCGAUAAUAGCGACGACGAUUUGGAUAGAAAACUAGCUCGACAAGUUAAAAAAUUAAAAGGUGGCGAUGGAUCUAAUGAUCUAAAUUUGGAUAAGCUCCUGGAUGCCAAAUACAGGACGAUUUCAAAACAAUUGGAUAUAGCAUCCAAGCCAAAGAAGAACAAGAAAAAGCAUCGAAGCGAUAGCAGCGAUAGUGACAGCGACGAGGAAAAAAGAUACAAGAAGAGAGGACGACCAGGAAAUGAUUCUCCACUUCGGGAAGGAGACAGAAGGAGAGGCAGAGACCGAAGUUCUAGUAAUGAGCGAGAACAUAGAUCAAGACAAAAAGAUGUGGAAAGAAAGAACAAAAGGUAUCAUAGUAGAGAUCGGAUUCAGAGGAGAAGCAGAAGUCCUAGUAAUCGACGAGAACAGAGAAAUCAGAGAAGAAGCAGAAGUCCCAGUCCUCGACGAGAACAGAGGAAUCAAAGAAAAAGCAGAAGUCCUAGUCCUCGUCGAGAACAAAGGAAUCAGAGAAGAAGCAGAAGUCCUAGUCCACGGCGAGAACAAAGGAAUCGGAGAAAAAGUAAUAGUCCUAGCCUCCGUAGGCAAGAAAAACCUUACAAAUCUCGUAAUGCUCAAAAAGAUCAGAGAAGAAGCAAAAGUCGUACUCCACAAAGAGAUCGCAGGAGAAACAAAAGCCCUAGCCCACGCAGAGAUCGCAGAAGAAGCAAAAGCUUUAGCCCUCGACGAGACCGCAGGAGGAGCAAAAGUAAUAGUAAUAGCAAUCAAACGUCUAAACAGGCCCAACGCACGUCUCCACGAAGAGACCAAAAUGUACGUCCUUUCAAUGCUCAACCAACAACCCAAGAUCGCCCACAAGCCAAGCCCAAAAUGGCCGAAGCUGACCGUGAAGCUCGUCUUCGCGAAAUGAUGGACAAUGCCUCGUGGCGUGAGGCUGAUCGCACCCAAUCCGUACAAAAGCAUCGAGACGCGUAUGCCCGUGAGGAGGCCCAGCAUCAGCAGCGUGACUUUGACAAAGAUUUCAUCAACAAAGAGGUGAAAAAGGCCAUUGCUAAUCAGAACUCCAUAAGUGAUCGCAUACGCUCCAAUCUAAAUAACAUUCAACGAUCUUCGGGUGCCAUGGACAAGAACUUUGCACGAAAAUAAAUCUGUGUAAGAUUUAACUACUAUAUUUUAUUUCCACUUUUAUUAUUUUUUAAGCAAACAACUUUUAAACUUUUUUGGGGGGAUGUCUUUGCUUCUUACAAUUAAAACAAUGCAAUUAACAUAAA